UCGCCGGUCCUGCAGACUUCCAUGCGCAUCUUCGACAGAAAUCUCUCUGUGAGCUAGUGACGCCUCAUCCUAAUCUUACACCUCCAAUUACAACUACUGAUCAAGCACUCGCUUACAAGGCUGAAUUAGAGCGAAUCGAGCCGAACGUUCAAUUCUUAAUGACCUUGUAUCUAUCAAGGGAGUUGACACCGCAGGAGAUUAUGAAAGCUAAACAAGCCGGCAUCGUGGUACUGGAACACGCCACAACCAGAGAGGCAGUCGACACGGUCAAACGCCUGGGAUCGACGGUCGCUUGCACGAUCACGGCACACCAUCUCGCACUGACAGUAGACGAUUGGGCGGGACAAUCCUUCAAUUUUUGUAAACCUGUCGCUAAAUAUCCUGAUGAUCGAGAGGCAUUAAGAGCUGUCGUAAAAGAAG